UUUCUAUCUCUCUAACACACAAACCAAAGAUCACCUAAGACAUAAAUUCCCAACAUGGGAUCACUUGUGGGACAUGUUUUACCAGGUUUUGCCUUCUUAAUACUUGGCUUAUGGCACUUAUUCAACAACAUAAAACUCUUUUGUCUACGUCCAAACACAUUCAUGUCAUCUUCAUGGUUUCCAACAUCAAAGGUCAGGUACUUAGAACUGUACUUAAUCAUGUUCUCUACAUCUGCUUCCAUCUCAAUGGAGCUCUUCAUUGGACCUAGAAGACAUCACCCCUUUGACUCAGAUGGCACCAUCCCAUCGAACCACCUCCACAACUUUGAACAUUCUUCAAUCUCCAUGUCCUUCUUUGUUUAUGCUUUUUGCGCACUAGUGCUUGACCGAGAAAGGCCUAGAGCUGCGGCUGCUGAGGGGCUAACCAUCCUAGCUGCUACCGCUGCCUUCACUCAGCAGCUACUUCUCUUCCAUUUUCACUCUGCCGACCACAUGGGCGUUGAGGGACAAUACCAUUUGAUCCUCCAGCUCAUUAUCUUUGUCUCUCUCCUCACCACUCUCAUGGGUAUUGCCUUGCCUAGGAGCUUUUUGGUGAGCCUUGUGAGAUCCUCAAGUAUAGCUUUUCAAGGAAUGUGGUUGAUAAUGAUAGGUUACAUGCUUUACACACCGAGUUUGAUCCCUAAGGGAUGUUUUAUUCACGAUGAAGAAAGACACAAAGGGGUUAAGUGUUCAACCGAAGAAGCUCUUCACAGAGCUAAAUCAUUGGUUAACAUCGCAUUCAGUUGGUUAUUCGUUAUAAACACAAUAUUUGUUGUGACACUAUAUUUAAUUCUCGAUCGAAAUUACGGUAGAAACGUAGAGUACUCUAGUCUAACCACCAAUUAUCAAAGUGAACAAUAUGAUGAAGAGCAACAACACUCUGAACCGCAGUCGACUCAGAAAAUGCGUUUUGUCGAAAUGGGUAAAGUUGUUGAUCAUGGAGAUAAACUGUGA